AUGCCACCCACCCGUGCAGUCGUUCCAAGUCCUCAAUGGGAAAAUCAUUGGAAAACCGCCAAGACACUCAAGGGGUUCGAAAACACCGACGGUGUGAGCUGUUACCGAAAUGCGAUCCUGCAGAUGCUGUUCCAUCUACCUGUAUUCCUGAACUGGGUACAUCUGUGUGUAAAAGCGCACGUCGAUGACCAAGGGGACUGCCCGAAUGGAAGAGACCUCGAUACCACCGAGGACGAGGAUACACGAUGCAAAUUGUGUCGGCUGCAUGAUCUGCUUGACGCAUUUUGGGAUCCGACGAGUGACAAAGAGGAUUUUGGAGUUGCUGUGGAUGAUUUCUGGGACGACUGGCUUGAUCGUCAGCCUCAGGAUGGCUCUGACCGUUAUGGCCCACAAGAUGUUCUCGAGUUCGUCGUUGAGAUUCUAAAGCAACUCUCGGAAGAUCUCUCGGGGCCGCUACUUGAUUCACUGAACGAUAUGAUCACUAUCCACGCUUUUGAUCACAAGACAUGUACUGGUGACAAGGGCUGUGGCAAUACAGCAUCUAACCUCGAUUCCUUUCCUCUCUUGACAGUCCAGUUCCCUGAGGUUCAAGAUAGCCAGACACUCGAACAGGCGAUCGAGGACUCCUUUGACAAAGAAGUGAUAGACGCUAUGUGCAUUGCCUGCGAAGCAAACCCCCUGGAGGCGGAGUUAGUCCUUACCGAAGUACCAGAGGUCCUAAUUGUCCAUCUCGGGAGAAUCGGCGAACGGGACACAAGACCCGGAGAAACUGAAAGAUUCAAGAUCAAUUCACAAAUUGACUUUCCAGAAGAAACUAUCAUCAAAAAAGAGUGGCUGGAUCCUAGACUUGGCGGUAUCAGGAAGGAUAUCAAGUAUGUGCUUUCGUCUGUGAUACUACACCAAUCAGAGACUACGGAUGGGGGCCAUUAUAUGGCUGUAGUCAAGAGUGAGAAUGGAACUUGGACUCUCACCGAUGACACACACCUCCGCACCUACGAGUCCUUCGGGGAGAUGGCCGGCACAAGGAUCAUCCGGGAAACUGCGUAUAUCUUUACAUACCGUCGGCUUCCUCUGGUGACUCGGGGUCCGGAGAUUUCUUUGAAGGAAUCUCUUCAAAAUGCCAAAUACAGUGAUCCUGAACCAGCCAAAAUCGAUGGUGAGAUGGAAAUCGAUAAGACGUCAGCAGGAAGCCAUAGUAGCAUUGAAAUCGACGAGGCGCCCGCACAACCCGAUGGUACCAUGGACAUCGAUCCUGUUCCAGUCAAUGGGACGAAUGCUGCGGGACGUCCCCAGGCACCCAGGGUUGUGCAGCAAUACGACGAGACUGAAAUCGAGCUGGAUGAGAAGCAGCGUGGUACUCUGGAGGUGAGGUUUACCACCAACACUGGGGUGACUACCUUGAAGGUUCAUGUCAAGGGAAUGCUCUGGAAUGAAUUGAAGGACUCUCGGCGACGCGCCUCUGCGGGAAGAAGACCUAUCACUAGAAGCGUGGCCACUUCGAAACAAGCGUCUGAUGCGGUUCCCCCAAAACCAGUCAAGAUUGUCAAGAUCAAUCCCAAGGCAGGGAUCUUGGAGAAGAAGCCUUCCUCGGAGCUGGUCAAUGGGAAGAAGGGACAGCUGGAGAAGAUCUCGCCUCGCAGUCCUGGUCGGGUAGUGAAGAGGGAUGCUCCGAAGCAAACUGCCCCGAGGAAGACUGCUCCAAAGAAGAGUGUGCGGAAGUGA